GCCUAGAAAUUUCUAGUUAACGUAGAGAGCAACCAAACCAAGCUCUCUCUUUCUUUCCCUCUGAGCUGCGAGCGAGUUAACUCAGUUGCAGAGCGCAAUGAGUCAGGAAUCGUUCAUAUACAGCUUCGUGGCUCGUGGGACGAUGGUGCUAGCUGAGUACACCGAGUUCACUGGGAACUUCCCUGCCAUUGCAGCUCAGUGUCUCCAGAAACUAACCUCUUCCAACAACAAGUUCACCUACAACUGUGACCACCACACCUUCAAUUUCUUGGUGGAAGAUGGUUAUGCUUACUGUGUUGUUGCGAAGGAAUCUGUUAGCAAGCAAAUCUCUAUUGCUUUCCUUGAACGGGUCAAAGCUGACUUUAAGAAAAGAUAUGGUGGUGGAAAAGCUGAUACAGCUGUUGCCAAAAGUCUGAACAAGGAGUUUGGACCAGUUAUGAAAGAGCACAUGAAAUAUAUCAUUGAUCAUGCUGAAGAGAUCGAAAAGCUGAUAAAAGUGAAGGCUCAAGUUUCAGAAGUUAAAAGUAUCAUGUUAGAGAAUAUAGACAAGGCUAUUGACAGGGGAGAAAAUAUGACUAUUCUAGCAGACAAGACAGAGACAUUGCGCUCACAGGCUCAAGAUUUCAGAAAGCAAGGGACACAAGUUCGUCGGAAGAUGUGGUAUCAGAACAUGAAAAUUAAAUUGGUUGUCUUUGGAAUUUUGUUGUUUUUGGUCCUGGUUAUCUGGCUUUCUAUAUGUGGUGGAUUUGACUGUUCAAACUAGCAAGAAUUGAAAGUUCACAGUUUUAUUUAUUUAUAAGUGGUUUUUAAGUGGAUAAUUGGCAAUUAGAGGGGGAAAAUCUUCCUUCUUUGCUGGUUGAUGAUGAUAUAGGGUGUACAUGUUCUUGGAAAUUCUUGAUGGGAGGGAGAGGGGACUGUCAUUGUAUGAUGUGAUGGACUGUUUGAUCUACAAAAUGUGUGUAAGUUUCAUUUGUAAUAUAUGUGUCCUUUUUUCUUA